AUGGGAUUUUUCUCAUUUAUUCAUAAUAAUUAUUUUAGUUGCAUCGACAACAUUCCAUUGUGUCAAAGGUGUGGUGUGAUUCGGAAAAUUUACUUAAAAAGUGUGUGUUUAGCUCAAAAUAUUCCCCAAACUUCUGUUGAGGCAGCUGGAUCUUCUUCCUUACCGCCAUCAUUUGGUCCAUGCUCUACCUCAAUUCAAGUUUUCCCUCAAUUUGGUACAACAAUGAUUCUAAUGGUAGGAGUCUCUUGCACCUAUUACUUGUUCUCAGUUGCUAUUGUUGGUGGAGGCAAUCACAGUGUAGGUUGGUCAACAAAUGUAGGCCAUCCUGUGAAAGAAGGUGCGACGCUACAACUUACAGUAGAUGGAGAAUUAGCACUGCGAAAUUCGGAUGGAGACCACGUGUGGUCAACCAAUACAUUAGGCAAGUCUGUGGUGGGAAUGAACAUGACAGAAUGGAAAAAUUUGGUUCUAUUCAACAAUGAAAGAGCAAUUGUUUGGCAGUCUUUUGAUUACCCUACGAAUACAUUGCUUGUUGGGCAGCAGUUAUAUGAGGAUCAAAAACUCAUUUCAAGUUCCUCAAAUUUAUGGGCUCGUGGUUUGUACUUUGCCACACUGAAAUUUGCUACAGAUUGUGCUACAUACAUAGGAGGUAGUGAUGAUGGGCAUUUGAAGAUAUUCCAUCACAGUAAUGCCAAUGGGUGGAGGGAGAUUGUUGAUAUGAUUACCCAUGAUUUAGGUGAAUGUCAACAUCCUAGCCACUGUGGUGAAUAUGGCUUAUGCAGACAAGGCCAGUGUAGUUGUCCCAUAGGCAUUGAUUGGGUUCGAUAUUUUGAGCAGCACAGAGCCAAAAUGGAAAACAUCAGCAAUAGACUCAGCUUCAAAUACCCUAUAUGGGUUGCACUAGGAUUACUUCUUUGUCUUGCCCACCUCCCUUUGAGCAGAAGCAUUAUCUUGUUGAAGUUGGAAAUGUACAACAAUAAUGUUUCAGAUGGGUAUUGUUGUAUCCCAUCCACGGUAUUGGCAAUUAGAGAAGGGCAAAUCCCAAACCGCACAUGUGUUGCAACAGAAGAUUUUAAGGAGAGAUUGGGAGGUGGAGCAUUUGGAACUGUGUUCAAAGGGAUGUUGGAAGAUGGCACUCAGAUUGCAGCGAAGCGUUUGGAUAAAUUGGGCCAAGGGAUGAAGGAAUUCUUUGCUGAAGUUGAGACACUUGGACACAUACACCAUGCUAAUCUUGUGAGGUUGAUUGGGUUUUGUGCAAAAAAAGCUUACAGGCUUCUAGUAUACGAGUAUAUGACUAAUGGCCCUUUGGAUAGCUGGAUUUUCUGGGAUAACCAGAGACCUUGCCUCAAUUGGCAAGCUUGGAAGAAGAUUAUACUUCACAUAGAGAAAGGGCUGGCUUACCUGCAUGAAGAAUGCCGGCAGAGAAUAAUUCGUCUCGAUAUAAAGCCACAAAACAUUCUCUUGGAUGAAGAUUUUAAUGCCAAAAUCUCUGAUUUUGGGUAAUCCAAGUUGAUAAACAGAGACGAAAGCCAUGUUCUAACCACAAUGAGAGGAACUCUUGGAUAUAUUGCUCCAGAGUGGCGACAAGCAAGAGUCACCAUCAAAACUGAUAUUUAUAGCUUUGGAAUUGUUCUUCUUGAGAUAGUUAGUGGCCAGAGAAACUUUGACAGCACACAGUCAGAAUCUAGAAAACAUCUGCUUCAAGUGUUGCAGGAGAAGUCUGAGUAUCAACUAUAUGGUGGAAAACAUGGAUGA